GAUAAUUCGACGUCAAGUCAACCUGUCGAAUAUCGCUGAAAAAUGACAUGAAAUUUUUCGUGCAAAAUUUAAAUAAAUUAAAACAAACAAAAAAAUGAUAGAAACAUAAGCAAAACAAUUUAAACACUUUCAACGUGUUUUUUGGGGACUCGUUUCAAUUCUGCAAGAUGACAAGCUGCUGCACUUGCGAGGGCCACCAUAGCGGUGCUAAGUCGAGUCUGCCGCUGGUCUGCCUGGUUCCUCGCGAUGGAGCAUCUUCGGAAGCCAGGACAAAGCCCCGGCCUGCAUCAGCUGGGCCCACAACUCAAAAUGAUUUCCAGUUGCUCGACGAGGAGUACAUCAGGAAAAACUUUAAGUUGCCACAGAGGGCGUUGUAUUUGGACCCGUAUAGACGUCCCCUUAUAACCUUUCCGAUGACACAAGAAGACUGUAAGCAUUUCAACUUAGCCAGAAAGUAUAAGAUUAACCAACAAAUAUUGGACGGUUACUUGGAUCCCGGAGAAUCAAUAUCUGCGCCGAGCGUUUUCCCAUAUAUGAAAACGAAGGCAGAAAAGCAAAGCGAAGCUGAUGAUGAUGAAGAAAUAAUAUACAUAUUACAGCUUCCUGAUUAUGUAUACAAAUGUCCUUUGCAUAGUCAAACCAUCAGAACGCCACGGUUCAUUUGGCAUUCUUGUAAGAAAUCAAAGAAGGAAAAAGGCGGCGAGUUGAAACGAGGCGGAGGACCGUUGAAUAAACCAAAACCUUGGCUACUCAGCAGACAUACAGACUUUGACUUGUUAUCACAAUGGUGAUUUAUGUUUUUAUUUAAAUAUACCAAAAAGUUAUAAGAAUAAUAGUUUACAUAAACAACGAGUACAAGGAAUUCCGCAAUAAAAAUAUUACAGAA